AUGUAACAAGCCCCUCCAGUUUAAUUUGAAAAGUGUCCCAAACAUCCUUAAAAUGAUAUUGUUCUAUUUUGUUUAUCAAUUGAGUGUAAAGAAGUAUAAAUUACACAUUCAUUAAUUUAAUAGCCUCUUUGUAAGGAUUGCUGUAAAUUACAUGUUCAUUGGCAUAAUCAAUAAGGUACUUAAGCUAAUCUAGAUACAGUUGAUAAUGUAAGACAAUAAUUAUUAACAGAUGUACAUCAACAGAAGCUUAGAUUUGAAGAGUAAAAAAUAAAUCAAUAUAUUUAAUUUUUAGAGAAAGAAAUAUACUUCAUCAUUUUAGUGAUAGUGAAUAAUCUGAUGCUGCUAAAUAAAUACAAAAUAAAAUUUAAAAAGUUAAGUAAACUCUUCUUGCAGCAGUUCAUGAUUACUGCCAUUAAUUGGAAGAAUAAGUUAAAUAGCGUAUAUAAAAACAUAGAGUAUUGAAUAUAAAUCUAUUUUUUAGUAAUCCCAUCCUGGAGAAAAGAAAGAUCUUCAUCAUAAAUUAAAUUCUAUCAUCAGCAAUUUAGAUUAAUAAGAAAAGUUGUUGUUAUAGCCAAAAUAUAUCAGAGGUUGCUUAAUGGUUAUGAGUGAAGAAUAAAAUCAUGAUUUUGAUCAACUUACAUUUGAUGUUGAUAAUGCUCUCAAACAUUACCUUUCAAAUGCUUUUGAUGUGAUCAUUUAAGAAGAUAAAUUAGCUAGAAUUGUUUAAUCCUUUAAUGAGUAUGUUGAAAUUAGAGAAGUUAAUCUAAGAGAAGAAUUAGAUAUUUAUACAUAAAAAAUUAGGGAGAAUAAAAGAAAUCCUCAUGAACCUCUUAAUAAAUUAAUUAAUUCAACCUCAUAGAAAUAAUUCUAACCAAAAGAAUCUAAAUUAAUGCAAUCCAUCUAUGACGACAAAUUUAGACCUACAUUCUAGCCAAAUGCAUCAUAAUAUAGACCAAACUUCAAUGAAAGUAAAUCUGAUUAAAUCAUGUCAAAGUUUUAUCAUUGAUAUAAAAUA